AUGUCUAACUCACUCCGCCCAUAUCUACAAUGUGUUCGCUCCUCCCUGACAGCCGCUUUGGCUAUUUCCAACUUUGCUUCUCAGACCUCUGAGCGACAUAACGUUCCAGAGAUUGAGGCCCGCAGCUCACCUGAGCUACUCCUCAACCCACUUGUCAUCUCAAGAAACGACUCGGAGCGAGUGCUGAUCGAGGCAAGUGUUAAUAGUGUUCGGGUCUCCUUGAGUAUCAAAAAGGUGGAUGAGAUUGAGAAUAUUCUUGUCGCCAAAUUCACACGAUUCUUGGAACAAAGAGCUGAGUCCUUCUUCAUCCUUCGUCGCAAGCCCGUUAAGGGAUACGACAUUUCUUUCCUCAUCACCAAUUUCCACACUGAAUCGAUGCUCAAGCACAAGCUCGUUGAUUUCAUUAUUCAAUUUAUGGAAGAGGUUGAUAAGGAAGUGUCAGAGAUGAAGUUAUUUUUGAAUGCACGAGCUCGCUUUGUCGCAGAAUCGUUUUUGACACCGUUCGAUUAA